GUACACACACACACGUAUGUACAUACACAGAAAUACACACGCACAGACACAUGUACAUAUACACAGACACAUGUACAUACAUACACAGACAUAUGUACAAACACACACAUGUACACGUACACACACACAUCCCCCCCCCCCAUAAAAAGUUGCAGUACUUCGUUGUUCACUCACAUAUCCGGGUACUGCACUCUAGGGGGAAGCAGAGAGCACAGCUUGCUUUGCUUUCACUGCGCUCAGCUAUUGAGCAGUCUCACGGCUCCCAGUGCCAAUGACAGAUCCAGCCUGAGCUCCGAUCCUACUCAGCAAGAUGGCCCUGGGGGACACACUCGCCCCCACCAUAAUUUCCACUCGCCAUUGGCGAGCAAAAAUUUGAAGCCCUGAGCUA